AUGGAGGUGGAAGUGAACCGCGGCACGACCCCUAGAUGGGAAGACGACGCGGGCAAGGUGUCCAAGGAGACGGAGGAUAGUUGGUCCCGCACCCGCCCCAAGAAGAAGCGUGCGCCGCGAAGCCGAGGGGGCGACACGCCCACGACUCUACGGAAAGAGGAGCCGGUGCUCACCAGCUCGUCCUCCUCCAGGUCCUCCUCCACCUCGACAACGCCGAGAACAGCAGAAGAAGCGGAGAAAGAAAAGAACGAAGAGGAGACGAAGCGAAAGCGACACGAAGGAAAGAACGAAGACGAAGGAAAGAACGAAAGAACAACACCAAGGGGGAAGGGGGGAGACGGCAACAAGGGGGACCACGCCACAAGGAAAAGCUCGAGUGAGAGGAUAGGCACCCAGGUGAGCCUCAAGUCGAACUCCAGCAACACGAAGCAGAAGAAGUCUGGCACGAUGAGAUCAUCAGCUCCCGAGAAAACGAAGGACAAGCUCGACGGGGGAGGGGACAACAAAGAACGAAAAGCGAAGGGGGAGGGGGGAGGCGGCAAAGAAGAACGAAAACGGCGGAGCUCGAGCGACCGCGAGGUGGAGACCAACCGCCACCACCACCGGCGAGGCAAGGCCCUGCGCAGCAGCGCCAGUAGCGAAGAUGGUGAUGACGACGACAAGGCCAAAGAAAAGAUUGACAAGAUUGGAUUGUCGCCCAGGGGAGCUCCCAGGAAAGCAGCUCGCCAAGAACAAAGGAGCAGAAGGAGAACACCAACAACAAGAAGGCCGAGUCGCCCAGCCAAGACGCGACGGGGCGCCGGGCGACCAUCGCGGUCGCGUCUUCCCCGCCCACCGCGCGCCACACAUCGUCGUCGUCGUCGUCAUCGCCCAAGGAAACCUCUUCCUCUUCAUCGCCCCCGACCGCCGCCGCAAGCGCGUUGA